AAGUGCUCAGCCAGACUGAAAAACAGGAAGUUUUAGUGCACAGGCAUAUUAAUAGAUAUAGACACAAAAAAGAGGAACUUUCCAUAUAAGCAAUGUUCAAGCCUGUGUGACGUGUGAAGUACCGAAAUAACACCAUAUAAGACACAGCUGAUGAUUCUAAUGUUAGAGAGCUCUUGCAACUGGCGUUUGAGCUGUGCAGGGUUCUCUCUCUCUGGAAGAUGAUUGAAUAAAAAGAAAUAUAACUGUUUUAACACACUAUGAGUCGGUUUUCUCUGUUUUGUCAUGGGGAAAAAAGGAUCGGGUUUAAUACUUCCCAGAAGUGAAGAGGCGGGAAUAAGGACCAAGUUACAUGUGAUCAGUGAACUGCCGUUUCCCUGCGGAAUCUUCCACAAUACAGGGAGCACUUUAAGGCUUUUGAACUGAGCACGUCACAUGUGAGGGAGGUGGCUGUCAUUGCACAUGAGGAACUGGUUGAUGAAUAUCCCCUAGCUGCCUGCUCUGUUGGAGGACUGCGUCUGGUUACUCUAAAGAGAUCUGUGACUUUUCUUGGAAAACAAAAUUAAUACUUAUCUUCAAAAUGACGUCACCCCUAAGACUGCGGAUAAUCCUGGGUGAAGAUGAUGCCAGGAAGUUGAUUCUUCCUGCAGGGACACCGGUGUCAAUUGAAGAUUUGUGGCACACAGUAAAGACAAGUUUUGGAUUGCAGCAAGAUAUUCGACUUCAAUAUCAAGAUGAGGACUUUGGAAAUGAGUUCAUGAAUAUGCCAGACAUCUCAAAAGUAAAGGACAAAGGCACCCUUAAGGUGAUAUUUUUGCAAAGCCCACAGGAAGAAGAUGCAAGAACUUCUCAAAGCCAAGCAACAGAGUCUGUAUCCAUCUCCUCUGGUGACACAGAUGAUACAGAGCCUAUUUCAUCUUCAGGUUCUUCACCAUCCUCAAGGCACUGGGUUUGGCCAAGUGUCUUCACUGUACCACAAUUUAGCUGUGAUGCUGAAUUUGAGCUUGAGAAGGCCAAUACUGCCUGCGCCAAUGGGGGAACUCUAUUGAACCCUUCACCAAAACUGAAAUCCCAAAUUCUGGAACAACUGGCUGAAGAAAUAUACAAAUUCGAAGCCUACCCAACAGACAAUGAUCUGACUGAUGAUGCAGAAGCUCUUGUUAUAAAGCAUCCUUGCCUUAGAGAGCAGGGGUCUUUCAAUGGCUGUUAUGGGUGGAAGAUUAGCCUAAAAUAUAAAAUGGCUAACCUCCGCACCAAACUGAGAGGAUUUGGAUGUACUAAGGUGACCAUAAACUCCAUCAAAAACAAGUCUGGUGACAACCGUCAGGCAGCCUUCAAUGUGAAGAAACCCAAAAGAGCUGAAGUUAACUACUGUCCACAGCAUCCAAAAGGAGAGACAUCAGAAAGUCUGGAACAGGAGAGAGUUGCAAUUCUUUCUGAGUUGACUAAAAGAAAUAAUGACUCUGUUGUGAGUGCGAAAAUGGAGAAGACUUUCUCAUACAGAAGGCAAGAAGUUCUUCAGGGUCAGCCGAUGGUUGCAGACUUCAAAAGCAGAUGGCCAGCUCUGUUCACUGAGAGAGGGAGCGACAAGGAGUUUCUGUGAAUCACCACGAAGCCUCUGCUAUCUACUUCUUUUGCCGAGCUUGACCAAUACGCACCAAGCUUGAUGGAAAUCUUUCAGGGCAAAGGAGGGACACCUGGAAAAAAAAUAAGAGGUCUCAUGCUUGCCCUCUCCAAGCAUGACAACAUCCAUACCAGGCGAGCAUGCAUAUUGAAGUCCUUGUGCAUCUACCUAAACGAAGACUAUGAGAAGUUAAUAAAGGAGUACUUGGAUACGGACAGCGAGGCAAAAAGCUGCAUGGAGCAAACUGUGAUUGGGGUGUACAUCAUCCAGAAGAAGGGUGCUGAACCUGAAGAUGGCCCAGAGGACAUUGGUGUCCUGAUUGUGGGUGUGGAGGCUCUCACUGAUUUGGGUAACAUUGCACAAGCAUAUGCUCUGUUGUUUGGACUCAUAUACUGUUUGAACCUGACCAACCCACCAGAACCUAAAUGCAUCUUUGAAGUCCUCCAGAAGAUACUUCUAAAUCUUGAUGGACAAAAGCUCUCUUCAAAGGCACAGUUUCUGAAAAACAAGCUUAAGGGGUGAGAGCACUUGAAAAUGACUGAUAGAAGGUCUUGAAUGGUUCAUUGGUGCAAUGGUGAUUUCCAAUAUAUAAUAUUAAUAUUUGAGUUGUUUAUAUUAUAUUUUUUUCUUUCAUUUAAAAAGAAAAAAAUUUUUAUUGAGUUUUUGGAUUCUCUCUGUUGGGCAAUUCACCUUUAAUACAGCACUGCAGAUGAUUUUUGUUUGUCCUUAUAUGGAUAGCUCAAAAUGGAUCAGAAGUACUGACAGAAGUACUGUUCUGUUAAUUAUUUUUCAUUUUAAUUUUGAGUUUGUAGUAUAGGUACAUUUUUUCAGAAAUUGCAUUGAGGGGUUUCCCCCAAGAAAUGUUAAUUGUUGUUUUCAGCUGCACUGUUACUAUGUUGUUUUUAUAUAUCAAGGGCCUGUACAGUUUAACACCACUGCAGCCUGUUAAGUUCACUCUAUUAUUUUAAUGCGUCCAUUUUGCUUGCUGGUAUGUUUUAAAACACAGCAAAACUAUGUUGCUAGCUGUGGAGGACUGCAACCAAAAUUAAAAAAUAAAUACAGAAAUAUAAAAAUCGCUCAAUAAACUAAUUAUUACAAUUAGAUACACCAAAAAAUGUAGAUUUUCAUUUCAAGUAAUUAAUUGAAUUUGAAAAAAAUUGUCAACUGUUAUUUAAUUUGAUGUAAAGCCCUCUUUUUCUAUUUUAGUUUUGCUUCCUUUUUUUUUUAAAUCGCUGAAUUUUUUUUCCUAUGGAAUUUUUUUUUGUUGUAUUGCCCCAAAUUAUUUCUAUACUUUUUUUUUUUUUUUCCAAAUUCACACAAUAGUAAUUCUAUUUUGUCACAUGUUUUAACUUGCCAAGUGAGAAAUGUAUUUGUAUAUGAAAUGUAUAUGUAUUCUUUUAGUUUAAUUUUUUAAAAUACAGUUGACAUUAGUUUAUAGAGCAAUUUUUGCAUCUGUUUUUAGUUGUGGAAGCUUUGGUUCCAACAUAACUCAGAUGUCAUUACCUAUUUAAAUAACUAUUCUAAUGUUUUGCCUUUUGAAGUGGCAUAAUGCUUGCAGGUGUACAAAAAUGGUAAGCUUUUAUAAUGUCCACUAAAUCCAGUUAAUAAAGUUAAUGUUAUCAUAA